GCGUCAUCAGACAUAUUUCAUAGGUUCCAUAAGAAACUGUCCACUUUGCUUCCUUCGCAUCUUCCUGGCAAACCUGCUUCAUUUCAGGAUUACCUGACAAGCGUCGUUAAAGAUCCCGGCAACAUAAAUGAGGAACGUACAGCCCUUUAUUUAGCUUCAGGCUGUGCAAAGACGUACAAGAACUGCAUAGUCAGGGCCUUUGUCGCAGCUUCGUUCCCCCCUCUAAAGGUUGGCAGUUUUGCAGCUGAGCAAGUUAAAUAUACCUUUGAAGGAGACGUCUUCCCACAAUUCACUCAUAUCGAAAAAAGUAACUUCAGCUGCGCCAUUUGCAUACCUUACCUCAGAUGGGCUAUAAUUAAUAGCAUACCUCACUCCAAAUGUCGAGCCCAAUCGGCAAAACCGGAUGCAAUAUUGUCGGGUACUGCGACGUUAUGUUUCUCCGGCAUGGUCCAGCUCAAAGAACAUAGCAGUUCUAGAUUGCAUUUGGAGGCCGUGGCCUUUUUUCAAAGAGCCCAAGAGGAAGAGCUCCGCUGCGGUAGAAAGAAGGAAGCCAGAUUAGCGGGGAAAGAACAAAAGCGUAUUUCUGAAUAUUUUCAAAAACCUUCAGUGAAUUUAAACUAGGAAGGACCUCCGAGUUCCAACACCAAGCACACACCAGAAAUAAAGUCAAGUGCUGUCAUUUAUGGGAUUCGGAGGUCGUUAAAAAUUUUGGAAGUGAUUCACAGAUUAGAAGAACAACUGCUGAAGGCCUCUUCAAAAAAAGACGCAACAAUGGCGGUUUGAAGUGUCAUCCACAUGAACCAGGUCAUGAAAAAUGCUCCUCUUACAACGUUUGGAAGGAAAUGCACAAAGUAGAGGCUGAUGUCCUUAAGGAUGAAGCAAAUUCAAGCUACAAGUCAGUGUUUAUUCCUGUUUUUAAACAGGUGAUCAUAAAUGGAAAACCAGUCCAAAUCAAUGGAGCAAUUAAAAGCCUCGACCCACCCUGUAAAGGGGAGGCGUCAUCUCAUGGUGAACAUCCAUACACGUGCACUAAUUGUUUCCGUCAACUGAGAGACCUGAAAAACACUUUGCAGCAUCGGAGGUCUGGCAGUUUAGAUGACAAAGCCAACAGACUGGGAUUGAAAGGUUUCAACAAAAGGUACGCAAGGAGAGGAGAGAUGAUGAAUACUCUUGAGAAAGAAACUCAACGAAGGAAAUUGGCAGAGACAGAAGUUAAGGAGCUGGUAAGGAAAACACUAAGCCCUAGAGACUGGGAAGAAUGUCUACAUCAAGCAUGCCUUAAUAGGGAAGACCAAAUGCUGGUAAUUAAUCUGGUUCGUUUGAUGAAGAGUGGAAUCUCUGCAAAAAAUCCUAUGCAGAUUCUCAUUUUAAAGAAUUUAGUGUCAAAGCUUCAAAAAGGAAACAAUCAUCGUUAUGUUGACCUCGUGAAAGACGUAAGCGGGCUAUUUAAAAAUGAGCUUGGUCCGACUAAUUAUGCCCUUUUAGCAGAUAUCGUUGGAUUGGCUAAAGAAACGACAGCGUCAAAGCACUCUUCGUCUCAAUUGAGGUUGGAGCCUGGCUUAAACAUGGAUGCAAUAGAUCUGGCUGCAAACAAAUUCAAAGGUUUACCCGUGAACGAAGCAAGCGAUGGUGCCCGUUGUCUGAGGUACCUUCACCCACGAAAAGAUAAAAACGGCAACGUUGUUUUAAUUGGGUCGACCUGGAGUCCUUCUGUGGACAGCUGGAAAGAGGAAGAAAUCGUUAUACCAAGAAAGGAUGCCACUAAGGGCGACUUAGACGACUUUGGAGCGUUGAAAAGGUUAGUAGAUGGUCUCAUUAAAGGAAAUCGGCUAGCCAAGACUGUAUCCAUUCACAAUUUGACGUGUUUGGCAGCACUCGACAAACCUACAGUUAUUAAUUGCAUGUGGCCAAUUCAAGACAAAGGUUACAAGGCAGUCCAUCUCUUAAAGUACUGGGAAGCAAUGAGGAAAGCUUGUUACUUCGACGAAUUUGGAGAUGUUAGAAAGAGUCCUUUAAAUUUGGUUGGUUAUUCAACCGACUCAGCCGGGUUUUCAUUGUCAGCUGCAAUCCAUCUGAUGAGUCCUUCACACGAGGAAAUAAAUGAAGGAGUUACUUACCUUGGUCUAGGGCUUGACGACGAGUGCUAUUUGGCCCCUUAUUACUGGUAUCUUCCAUCAAUUGCCUACCUAGACUAUGAUCACGAGCAGAGACUAUUUCUGAAGAAUUUGAAAUACCAAACUCGAGAUUUGACUUUCUGGGAUGACAAUGGAAACACAACAAAGCCUGCAACUAUCGAACACCUUAAAAUCUAA